AUGGGCCGCCAAGCCUACCUGGACAAGAUCGCGUUUGGACGAUCAGCCUUCGAGCCCACUCAAGUCGCUACGCAGUCUACUGAAUAUGUCCAGCUUGAAUCGUCACAGUCGGAAAUUCCCCGAGCAUAUCUCGAGUCCAACGUGAACAACUACAUCCAGUUGUACGAUGAACGCGGCAAUCCCGUGAAUCCCCGCAGCCACGACUAUGGAAAGAGGCUCAGGAAAGCCCAGAAUGAUGUGCUCGCCUCGGUUGGAGUGGUUGAAUGGCGACGACUGCCCACUCCUGGACCGCCGGGCUCUUACGAGGAGCGCUUGGAGGGGCUGGAGGCCGAGGACACAGCGGGCAAUGCAUUUGCCCUGAUCUCUACACUGGCCGAGAACGUCUGCACAUGGUGGAUGGGUGCGGUACGAUACAGAAUACUGACGUUUCGUAUCCAAGAUGCUCUUCCAUUCGCACGCAUCGUUGCCUCUGAGUUCGCCGUCUCAGGCCAUUCCAUCAUCUACACGGGCUUCGCUUCUCGUAUAUUCUCUACCAUGUGCAUACAAACCUUCGUGUAUAUCACUCACGUUCACCGACCCAUCGACCGACUGCUUCUUGCAACACGAGCAAGCUCGAAAACACGUCGACUGUUUCGACGGACGCGGAGCACUCUGAAGUUUGGUGUUCGUCCAGUCCUCGAACUUCUGUUCUAUCCUUUCUCAUACCAUGCCUGCUUGCAACGUCUCGGCAUCAUUUCAGCGCUGCCACUACUACCGCACUGGAAGUCGCUCAUUCCGUUUUCAAACGAGUCUCCGCUGUUACCUCUCUCCUUACACUACAAUGCAUCUGCCUCUGCCAUGGACUUCCUGAAGGCAGUGCUAACUUCUCCCGCCGUUCUCGUUUGCGCAGACCAUUUUUACGAACGCUGGAUACACGCGGCCAUUUAUGACGCUGUCGAGAUCUCCGUCAUCCGUCCUGAUAACGCGGACGUAGAAAGUCCGGAAACUCCCAGGAAAGAUCGGACAACAGCCAUUCUAGGGUUGCGAAGACAGUCGCCACUCUUCAUACGGGAUGCGAUCAACAGGUUGCUUGUAGCAAUUGGUUGGGGCCAGUCGAUUGAAACACUGCAAAAGCCCAGCGUGGGUGAGGGACAGACUAUAGAUGUCGGUGGCACUCAGAUCACAAACAUGUCACGACUAGAGCUUCCGGUCGCUCAUACCGAAGACCAGAAUAUAGUGGAACCUCGCAGCGACGUUGUAUCAAUCCCAAUCGAGACGAUAGUCGAAUUGAUACGCCCGACCACACCGCCAACCCCGGCAUUCGAGUACGACCAGGAUGAAAAUGACCCCAGGAUCAGGAUAACCUCUCGCGAAGGCAUAGUUGAGAUGGAGGUCAGGUUGCCUCCACGCGUACUUUCAAGCCAUACCGAAGUCGUUCCUGCGCAGAGCGUCGGUUCUCGGGUGAUGGGAACAAACCCUCAUCAUCGUGUUACCCAGCUUUCCACUGAACCUUCUCAGAUGAUUGGUGCGAUUGUCAAGUCACAGAUCGUCGGGCUCGCAGUGCUGCCCCUGAAGCUAGUCGUCCUCCGGCUGAUUGCCUCACACUACUAUGCCCGUCGAGGAGGUCCGGUUCGAACCGUAAUGCCGUUGUCUGGGUUUAGCGACUUGAGCUGGCGAACGGUUGGCACGCACGCUUCUCGCAUAGCACUCUGCGGAGCCUUGGAGUUAAGCAUCGACCUCACAUUGUGGGGACUCCAGUAUUUCGCCGUGACCAACGUCGGCAAGAAUUUCUUUGGAUGGGGUACGCUUUGA